GCGAAUGUAUUGUAAUCGAUUAGCUGGGCGAAAGGGGGCUGUCGGUGGAGGCCGUGACCGACGAUUCGUACAUACUAAGCCAGAUUUCUUCCCCGCCCUUUUGCUCUCCCAACCCUCUAGAAUACGCCCAUCUAGCCAGUCUGCAAGGUCCCGCACGUGCCUUGGAUCCAGAUCCAACCCGAAGCUCCGAAGCCGAUCUAUCUUGAAGUUCCCGGAUCGGCGAUUCACUCAUUCUGCUGUGUCACCUUGACUUCACCGGCCCGGCAUUUACAAACGAAGAUAAAAGGCAACAAUGUCUGGCCUCGACGCCCCCGAUAUCGUGGCUGCGUACGACGACGUGCGCAACGACAAAAAGGACACCAACUGGAUGCUCCUGUCGUACGCGGCGGCCGUGGGCAACAAGCUGACGCUGACCGCCUCGGGCACGGGCGGGCUUGAGGAGCUCGUGGCGGCGCUGGACGACGAGCAGGUGCAGUACGGCUACGUGCGGAUCGAGUACGCCAACGACAAGGAGAGCACGCGCGUCAAGUUUGUGCUGGCCGUGUGGAUCGGCAAGAACACGCGGGUGAUGCGAAAAGCGCGGGUCAGCGUGGAGAGCGGCGACGUCAAGAAGGCGCUGGCGCAUCAUCACUUGGCCAUUACGGCGGAGGAGCGGUCGGAGCUCAAGGAGGACGACCUUGUGAAGCUGUUGCGGAAGUCUGGAGGCGCUGAUUACAACGGUGGACGGGGUUGAUUUGGGGACUCGUUAAAAGGGGGGGAAUAUGGGGGGAGAUAGAGACAGGAUGGGGUGAAGGGACGGAACAGAGAGUGGAUAGAUGGAUAGAAUGAGGGGAGCCCAAAAACAAAAAUC